AUGGUCCCCUCUCUCACCAGGCCACAAGGCCAGCUAUCACCUGCUGAAGCUCUCCACCUUGCGCAACAAGCUCCCAUCAUCUUGAAGGGCAACCCCAAGGCCUUCUCGGCUUCUCCUCUUGUAUCACUCUUUUCGGCAGCCGAAACCCCUGAGCUAUGGACGAUCUAUGAAAACCUCAUCAUCACAUGCCUUCGAACUGGCGACGACGAUUCGGCGCAUCUGUGCUUGGAGAGGUUACUGUUGCGUUUUGGCGAUGAGAACGAACGCGUCAUGGCACUCAAGGGAUUGAUCAAGGAAGCGGAGGCGACGAACAACAGCGAACUCCAGGAAGUGCUGAAGGAAUACGAGGAUCUUCUGCAGCAGGAUGGAACAAACAUUUACAUUGCGAAGCGACGAGUGGCUCUUUUGCGAUCCAUGGGAAAGACAACGGAGGCAAUUGCGGCGCUAGUAUCGUUGCUCGAGUUCAACCCUACAGAUGCCGAAGCCUGGUCUGAGUUAUCGGACCUCUACCUUUCUCAAGGCCUGUACUCCCAAGCUAUCUACGCUAUGGAAGAGGUUCUUGUGCUAGCGCCAAAUGCGUGGAACUUGCACGCAAGGCUAGGCGAGGUGACGUUGAUGGCAGCCAACGAAACAAGCGAUGGAUCUCCUCAGAAGUACCUAGCAAGCUCGGUUAAGCGAUUUUGCCGAAGCAUUGAGCUUUGCGAAGACUAUCUCCGGGGCUAUUAUGGCCUGAAGAAGGUCACCGAUAAGAUUUUGGCUGAAUAUGCCAAACUCAAGAAACAGUCAGAGAGUGACGAGUUCUCUCUGCCAGACCAGCAGACUCUUACAAAGUUAAACCAGGCAGCCACAGCGAAGCUAGCGGAGAUCGUUCGUCGAUAUGGGGCUCAAGAACCCCUGUGGCAAGGAUACAAUGCAGACGAGAUUGCUGCGGCUCGCGAGUUGCUUGACAAGUCAUCGGCAGAGGUCGUCCGGUGA